AAGUAAGAGUCUAAGUAAAACAGAGAAAAAUGUGUUAUUAAUUAAUAUAUUCAAAGACACUAAUGUUCGUGUAAAUUAUUGUUGUUCGAUCUAUAUAUAUUUACACUUUAAUUCGUGAGGGGUGUUGAUAUAUGGUACAUAAACAGCCACGAUCACAUGGUAUUAUUAUGAAUACUGCUUUACUUUAAUAAUGAGUAACAAAGUGACAUUUUAAAUAGAUCCCAAGAAUCUUUUUACAAAGUAAACAACGGAUGAGCAAAAAUGGGUAGACUAGCAGAGGUAGCUGGUGAACAAUCAUCCGAACAAUCCAAGACUUUUGUGUUCAUGGGUGAAGGUUACACUUUAGGAAAUGCUUUAGUAACAGUAAUCACACAGAACCCUGAUGUGGAAUUCUGUGCUUGCUUCGUCAAUCAUCCAUCAGAGGGAAAUAUCUACUUAAGGAUUCAGGCUAAGAAAGGAAAAGCAGUAGAUAUUUUAAGAAAAGGAUUACAGGACUUUGAAAAGAUCUGUGAUCAUACUAUGGAUACUUUCAAUAAUGCUUACGAUCAGUUCAAGAAUUCUAAAGACAUGGAUACCACAUAACUGAUACAACUUAUCCUACUUCCUUUUAUUUAUAGAACUCUUACUAGGGAGUGGAUACUUGUACAAACGCAUAUUUGUAUAGAAUAAAGGCGCAAGAACGAAACUUCGAUACAAAUUCGGUUCAUUUCCUAAGGAUUUUGAUAAUGUAUAUUACUUAUUACAAAAAGAAAAUAAUGUAAACCCUAGAU